GAUGUGAAGAUUGAAGAAAUAUUCAGAGUCAAACAUGAAGAUCUGCAGGAACAAACAGACUUAAUUGAAGAGAAUAAAGGGAUUAAAGAGGAGAAACAUCAUGUCAAAAUUGACGAAAAAAGUCAAUUACAGACUGAUGGUAUUUUGAAAAGGAGAGACAAGAAUUGUUUCACCUGCACUCAGUGUGGAAAGAGUUUUGGAAGACAAAGCAGUCUUAAAAUUCACAUGAGGAUCCACACUGGAGAGAAACCAUUCACAUGCACCCAGUGUGGGAAGACUUUCAGCCAAAUAUCAGCCCUUAACAAACACAAAAAAAUCCACACUGGCGAGAAAUCUUUCACAUGCACUCAGUGUGGGAAGAGUUUCAGCCAAUCAUCAUCCCUUAAUAGUCACAUGAGGAUCCACACUGGAGAGAAACCAUUCACAUGCACUCAUUGUGGGAAGAGUUUCAGCACAUCAUCAUCCCUUAAUAGUCACAUGAGGAUCCACACUGGAGAGAAACCAUUCACUUGCACUCAGUGUGGGAAGAGUUUCAGCCAAUCAUCAUCCCUUAAUCUACACAAGAUGAUUCACACUGGAGAGAAACCAUUCACAUGCACUCUGUGUGGGAAGAGUUUCAUCCAAUCAUCAUCCUUUAAUUUACACAAGAGGAUUCACACUGGAGAGAAACCAUUCACAUGCACCCAUUGUGGGAAGAGUUUCAUCCGCUCAUCAUCCCUUGAUCUACACAUGAUGAGCCACACUGGAGAGAAACCCUUCACAUGCACUCAGUGUGGGAAGAGUUACAGCCAAUCAUCACACCUUAAUCAACACAUGAGGAUCCACACUGGAGAGAAACCAUUCACAUGCACCCAUUGUGGGAAGAGUUUCAUCCGCUCAUCAUCCCUUGAUCUACACAUGAGGAUCCACACUGGAGAGAAACCAUUCACCUGCACUCUGUGUGGGAAGAAUUUCAGCCAAUCAGCAAACUUUAAUCUACACAUGAGGAUCCACACUGGAGAGAAACCAUUCACAUGCACUCUGUGUGGGAAGAGUUUCAGCCAAUCAUCAUACCUUAAUCUACACAUGAUGAGCCACACUGGAGAGAAACCAUUCACAUGCACUAAGUGUGGGAAGAGUUUUAACAGCUCAUCACACCUUAAUCAACACAUGAGAAUCCACACUGGAGAGAAAUCAUUCACAUGCACUCAGUGUGGGAAGAGUUUCAACCAACCAUCAAACCUUAAUCAACACAUGAGGAUCCACACUGGAGAGAAACCAUUCACAUGCAAUCAGUGUGGGAAGAGUUUUAGCAUAUCAUCAUCCCUUAAUCUACACAUGAGGGUCCACACUGGAGAGAAACCAUUCACAUGCACUCUGUGUGGGAAGAGUUUCAGCCAAUCAACAAGCCUUAAUGAACACAUAAGAAUCCACACCGGAGAGAAACCAUUCACUUGCACUCAGUGUGGGAAGAGUUUCAUCCGCUCGUCAUCCCUUAAUCUACACAUGAUGAGCCACACUGGAGAGAAACCAUUCACAUGCACUCAGUGUGGGAAGAGUUUCAACUACUCAUCAAACCUUAAUCAACACAUGAGGAUCCACACUGGAGAGAAACCAUUCACAUGCACUCAGUGUGGGAAGAGUUUUAAGUACUCAUCAAACCUUAAUGAACAC